UAAUAAUUAUCUGCAUGGAUACAAGUUCCUUGAGCAUUGCCAUGUAUCCAUGGCUAGCCCUUGGUCAUCAAACUCCAUUCCUCCACCUAUGUAACAAGUUAGCCAAAAGAGGCCACAGAAUCACAUUCUUUGCGCCCAAAACAGCACAAUCCAAGUUACUCCAUUUCAAUCUUUAUCCAGAUCUCAUCAAAUUCGUCGCCGUCGCGGUUCCCCACGUGCACGGCCUUCCACCCAACGCAGAAACCACUUCAGACGUUCCUUACCCUCUGCACCCACUCAUCAUGACAGCAAUGGACUUAACCCAAGCCCACAUAGAAACUUAUCUUUCCCAGCUUAAACCUGAUCUUGUUUUCUAUGAUUUCACUCAUUGGAUGCCAUCAUUGGCAAGGCGUUUAGGAAUCAAGGCCAUUCACUUUUGUAUUGUCAGUUCUGCCAUGAUAGGCUACACUGUUGUACCUUCAAGAUUCCAGAAAGGGAACGACCAAACAAUGAACGAUCUCAUGAAACCUCCUCCAGGGUACCCUCAUUCAUCUAUCACAUUUCACGUCCAUGAGGCGCGAGCGUACGCUAACAAGCGGAAACAGGUGUAUGGGAGCAAUGUUCUUUUCUAUGAUCGUAUGUUCAUUUCCAUGAGUGAAGCCGAUGCAAUAGCGUUCAGAACUUGCAGGGAGAUUGAAGGGCCUUACCUCGAUUUCAUAGAGGAACAGUUCAAGAAGCCUGUGCUUCCUACAGGACCAGUGAUACUAGAGAAACCAAACUCUGCAUUGGAUGAGAAAUGGGCUUCUUGGCUUGGAGAAUUCAAACAAGGCUCGGUGGUUUAUUGUUGUCUUGGAAGUGAGUGCAGGUUGAGGCCAAACCUGUUUCAAGAAUUGUUGUUGGGUCUUGAACUAGUUGGCAUGCCUUUUCUUGCAGCUUUGAAACCCCCAAUUGGGUUUGAUUCAGUUGGAGAUGCGCUACCAGAAGGGUUCGAAGAGAGGGUUAAAGGAAGAGGGAUUGUGUAUGGAGGGUGGAUCCAGCAGCCAUUGAUAUUGGAACACCCUUCUGUUGGAUGCUUCAUUACACAUUGCGGAUCAGGUUCUUUGUCAGAGGCAUUGCUCAAUGAGUGCCAGUUGGUGUUGCUUCCAAAUGUUGGUGACCAGAUUCUGAAUGCAAGAAUGAUGAGUAAGAAUUUGCAAGUUGGUGUGGAAGUGGAGAAAGGGGAAGACGAUGGAUUGUACACUAAGGAAAGUGUGUGCAAAGCAGUUAGUAUUGUAAUGGAUGAUGAGAAUGAGACAAGCAGAAUAGUCAGAAGUAACCAUGCUAAGAUCAGAGAGGUGUUGCUUAAUAAAGAUUUAGAGUCUACUUAUAUUAAUGCUUUCUGUAAGAAUCUUCAAGAGAUACUUUGAAGGUUUUUUCAUCUUUCUUAUUUUAAUAUGUAUUUUGAGGUUCUAAUGUGUUGUAUUGUGAAUGUGUGCCGUAAUGUAGGUGUAAUAUUUUGAGAAUUUGAUGUACACCAGAUUAGUAUCUGAUUAUCGUU